CACCCUGUAAGCAGAGGUGGGAAACACAGCACUGGGAUCCGGCCAGCUGCACGGCUCUGCGUCCCCCCCAGGACAGCACAUUCCAGCAGCACCAUUCACAGCAGGAAAACAGCAAGCUGCAUGCUGGCAUUGCUGGAAGGAGUAUUUGGGGGUGAAGGGCACCUGCAUCCUGCCAUGUACCAGCUGCCCCAUUUCCCUGAUGAGCUUUUUGCCUAAUUAUGAAGGCUAUGGGGCACUGCAGAACUCCAGCCUGGCACUGUGAGGGGCUAUGUGCCCACAGAGGGAUGGGGACCAGGGCAUAAUGCUGGGGACUGUGAGAAGGGAUCAAGAGUCGGGAGUGAGGACAGAGCUGUCCCAGGGUGCCAGUGGGAUGCAUUUGCAGCCCGUCACGUCCGCAGAGCAGGGACACGUCCGAGCGGGGAAGCCCAGCGGUGUUUGACCCCAGUGCUCACAGCUGCUGCCAAACCAUGCUGCGCUGCGUCACCAGCGCCGUCCCCAUAGACACAGGGCUGCCAGGACCCACCAGGACCCCCCGCCACCCGCAAGGUGGGUUGAUAGCUCUGGGGUCAGGGGGACAUGGGGUGGGCACAGUGUGGCUGAGGUGUUUAUUGUGGUUGGUGUCACCUGGCCAGGGGCUGCCAGGAACUGCUGGGAUGGGGUAGGAGAGUGCCAGAGCAGCGCUGUGCAUAGAGUGCAGGAGGAUGAGAUCUGGGGGCUCCUGAGUGCGUGCAGGUGUGAACACAUAGGGGGCUGCACGAUGGUGGGGUGCACAGGGGCCACGUGAGCACGCAACCCACAGUGCCUAUGUGGGGCUGUGGUGCAAGUAUGGGUGUGCACGUGAGUACAGAUGUGCACAUGGGCAUAUUUGCAUGCACUCCUGCCACUGGGGUCUCUCCAAUCUCUCUCCACAAUAAAACCCUACCCAAACAUUUCCUGGAUCCCACACCCCAAUACUGUCCCUCAGCUCAGAGCACCACUGACACCAUCUAUCCUGCUGGUUCCAGGACCACCUUCGUGCCACGGAUAGGCACAGCCACCGCUCCAAGCUCCGAUAUCCCACUUGCAGAUCACUCUCACCCAGGGCGAGGGGCAGGUGAGUGCCUGGGGACGCCCUUCCCGAUCCCGGAGCCAAGGGAGGAAGCGGCUGGAGGCAGGAAGCCGUCCCCAGGGCCCCCGGAGCACUUUUGCUCGAAGGUCAGCAGCAACACAACAGGAAAUCACGCUCCCUCGGCACGGCGGCCGGGCCAGAGCGCUGCGCCGUGCUGCGCUGCCCGAGGGCUGUUCCCAGCCCCCAGCCCUCCAUCCCGGACCGGUGGCUUGCGGGGGGGGGGCCCGCGCCACAGCUGCCCUCCAUGGAAGGGGGACGGGAGCCGGGGAGCAGCCGCUGGCCCCAGGGCGGAGGACGCAGGGCUGAAGCCCCCAGCAGAGCAUGGAGCUGAACAGUGAGUGUGGGGUGAAGGGGAUGGGCACGAGUGGGAAGGGGCAUUGCUGUGGCAGUGGAAGGCCAAAUCACAGUCCCAGACUCCCAGGCAUGGGCACAGCCCUCGCCCCACACGUUGGAAGGGAAUGCCAAGCGUGGCUCUGGUUUGGCUGGUGCUGCCCAGUGCCAGUUUGGCAUCUCGCUACGUCCAGCCUUGGGGAGCAGGUUUUGCCCAAUCCUUUUGGGGACAGGUGCAAUGCUGAUGUAGCAGCAAGCAGGGACACAUGGAUGGACCAAGGGCUCUCAGAGAUGGCAGUUACCAGCACGGAGCUCAGACGUCAGCCAGCUGAGGGGUGCCUGGGGCAGCAGCAUGCCCACGGUGCCCAGUGACUGUAUGCACAGCUGAGCCCUUGGCUGCUGCAGUGCGGAGGAGCCGACGUGCAGGGCAGGAGGCUGCAGGCAGGGAUUCCCCGAAACGCACGUGACAGCCAGAGCUGCUCCUGGCACCAGCUCCCAAAGGAGGGACUGCACAGGGAACACUGCUCAGCUCCCUGCCUGCUUCCCAGGCUGGAGCUGAGCCUAAAACCCAGCACUGAUGCUUGUCACUUCCCCCCCAGCCCUUUUACACUGCUGGGAAAUCCCAGCUCUGCCCAGACAGAACCAUGUCCCUGGGAACAGAAAGGAGACGAGACCCUUCUCAGCCCCCAAAAGCUCCUCAUGCCCUACUACAAGGCAAUCCCAGCCACCACCAGACCAGGCAGAGCAGUUGCUGCUGUAGGCGUUACCUGAGCUGGGGCUCUCUGAAGAGGGUGGUCAGGUGCCCACGAGUAUCCCCUUCUUUCCCAGGACUACUGCUCCUCACAUCUUUCCUCCUGCACGUCAAAGAGGGCCAUGCCAGGCCGAUUGGACCGGUCUGCGACAAGAGACUUAUCCAGAAGUACAUCGGGGAGGCCAAGGACAUGGAGAAGAGAGUGGUGAGGAAGCAGUGCCCCCCAAAACCCAGAACCAGGCUGCGCUGGCAAGACAGAGCUGGGAACAGCUCCUGGCAUCUCACUGCAGCAGCUCUUCUCCCCCAACAGAGCGAGUGCCAGGCACUACCUGCACUCAGCUGCCCCGUGGUUCUGCCUUUGGUGGACUUCAACAUGCGACAGUGGAAAAGCAAAUCGGAUGAGAUCAAGUGGCGUGAGAUCCUGUGCAACCUGGUGCUGCUGGUGGGUGCUGUGACAGAGGCUCAGGGCCAGGUGAGCCAGGAAUGCGGGGCCGGGCAGCUGAGCCAGCUCUAUCGACACGCCAACUCCUUCCUCCUGCUCCUACAGACAUUCGGCUGGGAGGAAGGGCCCUGGGAGCCAGGCUGCUCCCCUCGCUCCAUUGAGCAGACUGAAGUCACUGAGAUCUUCCUCACCUACCGACAGCUGGUGCAGGGCAAGCUGCGCUUCUUCUUCCACAACCUGGCUAAGGACUCGUGUGACUGAGAUCGGGGGGAAGCAGGGACCUCCAGUCCAGGGACUGAUGAAGCUGUACACGGGAUUUAACACUGAUAAAAGGUCAGAGCAAUCCCACAGGAGAAGGAGCCGUGCUCUGGAUGCCCAGGAAGGUGCCACGGGGAAAGGGUUGGCUCCUUUUCCACAAGCCUUUGGCUAUCACACGGCCCACAGAGGUCAAAAGCAGCCAUACCUGUGCAGCACGAGGCACAUGCCCUGCUCCUAUCAGACUGUGAAUGCUUUACAAUUAAAGACCUAUUUUUCUAAA